AUGAAACAAAAAAUGAACAUGCACUUUUUUAUUAAAAUUUUUACAUUUAUCCUUUCAUUUUGGAUUUACCAUUUUAAGGAUGAUGCGGAUACGAUUAACAAGCUCUUGGAUGAAAACUACAUCAUUGAUAAUAAAUUUUGCACAAAAUACUAUCGAUUAUUAGCAAAGUGUAAAACAGAAAGGGAUUCAAGUAUUUCACAAUUAAAAGAUAUACCAAGAAACGAAAUUAAUGAAAAAAAUUAUAUAUCUUAUUCUGCAAAACACUCAAAAUCAAAGAAUAAACCAUCAAAUGAAAGUUCACCAAGGGGCAAGGAAGGCUACAAACAAGAUAUUAAAAAUAAUUCUUGUAUAUUUGAAAAAAAAAAAUGUUCCUAUUUCGAAAAAAAAAUAUUUAAAGAAAUUGAUUUUAUAGAUUUUCUUAAAAAUAACAGAACAAUUAGUAAUAAUACUUACAAAAAAGUAAUACGUAAAAAAUACGGAUUACGAAUUGCUACACCUGUAUUAUUUUUCUUGUUACUGUUAAUAUUAAUGAUAAUAGAUAUAUCAUUAGGUUUAUCAUUUGAAAAGAGUUUGCUGAUAUCAUUGGUUAAUUUAAACCCUUUUAGCGUUAAGGAAUCGCAAUGGUUUUUGUCUCUUUUUGAAAAGGUAAAAAGUUUAGAUUGGUUGUGGAAAUCUCCAUUAUGGCCGACGAUUGAAACGUUGACGUAUGCAGACAAGAAAAAUGUAUUGUUAGGGCGUUUAAUUGGUGUUCCAUUAUAUUUCCUUCCUUUCGUUAUAUUAGGUGUUACACUUAUAAUAGCGCUCAUUUAUUACCAUAAGAAAGUUAAAAAAUAUGAAAAUAUUAAAUUCAAAAGAAGGUAA